CGCAGCGCAGCAUUGCGGAAUUCCCAUCCAUCCACACUAGGCAAGGUACCUCGGUGUGGCCAUCCAAACCAUCUCUAGAACUUUACGGUAGAUAUGGCUCUCCAAACAUCUAAUCGUCGGCUUCAUGCGGGUCAGAACUUUCUUAGUUCAUAGCAAUACGCCCCCGCAACAGCCUAAAGAAAGUACAAGAAGUUGCUAAACAUCAUCUACAAGUAGCUUCAGCUUCCAAGCUUUUGUUUACUUUUUUGUAAGUAGAACCGAAAGCAGUGAUACCAGUCUUUGCUAGUCACAACUUCAUCGUCAGCAUUGCAUCUACCUACAUCAGCAACGUGCGAAAGCAACAACAACCCGUCCACACCAAGCAUCACCAGAGUACAAACUCGAAGGCCUUUGUCUGCAGCACAACUAGCACAGCACAAGAGAGAGGGGGUAAAGAAAGAAGAGAAACAAUCCAAACCAAGAAGAUGGUCGAGGAAAACUUCGCGGUCCUUGCUAAGGACCGGAAAUUCCUGCCAUACUACAGCGAGUCUCAGAAGGAGUGGAAGGAGCCGUUCUUCUUCAUCCAGGCCGCCGACACGCAGUUCGGAAUGCAGGAGAAGUACGUGGAGGGCAAGAGCAGCAACUACGGCUGGGAGCAGGAGAUGGCAUGGUGCCGCCAGAUGAUCGCCGACGUGAACGCCAUGUGGCCCAAGCCCAAGUUCCUGGUGGUGUGCGGCGACAUCCUGGACGCCAUGCCGGACAGCGAGCCCGAGGCCCGCCGCCGCCAGGAGGUUGACUUCAAGCGCGUCUUCGCCGGGCUGGACAUCCCCCUGGUGUGCGUGUGCGGCAACCACGACGUCGGCAACACCCCCACGCCCUCCACUGUGGCCCAGUGGAAGACCUCCUUCGGCGACGACUACUUCAGCUUCUGGUGCGGAGGCGUGUUCUUCAUCGUCCUCAACUCCCAGUACUACGAGGACGCGUCGCAGGCGGAGGCGCUGGCGGCCGAGCAGGAGCGGUGGCUGGAGGAGCAGCUGGAGGUGGUGAGGCGAGAGAAGCCCCAGCACGCCGUGGUGUUCCAGCACAUCCCGUGGUUCCUGCGCUCCCCCGAGGAGGAGAAGGAGUACUUCAACAUGGAGAUCGGCCUCCGGACUGCCAUGCUGGAGAAGUUCCACGCUGCCGGCGUCAGGUACAUCUUCAGUGGCCACUACCACCGCAACGCCGGCGGCUUCUACAAGGACCUGGAGGAGGUGGUCACGUCCGCUGUGGGGGCCCAGUUGGGCGACGCCGGCCAAGGCUACCGCCUGGUCCGCGUGCUCGAGGACCGCCUCAGCCACCACUACUACCGCCUCGGCACAGCGCCCACGCACAUCCAUCUGCCGAAGCCCUCCAAGGCAGAGCCCGUCAGCAAGAGCCUGGCCAGGACCUGGUCCUUCAGCCGGGCCGCCGACACCGCCUCCAGGAGCUGGUCCAUCGGCCUGUAGCCGCCCCUGCUGGCGCUGCCCUGCUGGUGCUUCCCUGCCGGCGUCGCAAGCUCUGUGCUCUGUGAUGACUGUGCUCUUGCGUUCACCACCAUUUCCUUAUAUAUCUUCACCCUCACAAGUUUCAUACUCACGAAUCCUAUAAUGAUUUGUUGAUAUUUUGAAGUGAUAUGUUAUACUUUGUUAUAUGAUAUUUUCGUAUUUGAUCCAAAUAUAUGCACACACUAAAAGAUAAAAAAAAAAGAGUGUGGUUAAUAAAUCUAUUUUGACUUUUUCA